CAAUCUCCUAUUAGAAAGGCCUUCUCUUCAUCGUAUCAACCAAGAGAAACAAUGGCGGGCAGCCGAGGCAAAUUGUUCCUACUUGCAGCGCUCGGCGUGCUGUCAAUCCUAUCGCUUCCAGCGGCAACGCACGGCUGGGCGUCGGGCGGCGCGACGUGGUACGGGGGGCCUUCCGGCGACGGAAGCGAAGGUGGCGCUUGCGGCUACAAAAGCGAUGUUGGCCAGGACCCUUUCUCGUCGAUGAUCGCCGCCGGCGGGGAAUCCCUUUUCAAGAAGGGCAAAGGCUGCGGUGCGUGCUACCGGGUCAAGUGCAAGGAGAACCCGGCCUGCUCCGGCAACCACGUGACCAUCGUCAUCACCGACUCGUGCCCCGACGCGCAAUGCCAGAAGAGGGCGCACUUCGACAUGAGCGGCACCGCCUUCGGCGCCAUGGCCAAGCCCGGCAUGGCCGACCAGCUCCGUAACGUCGGAGUUCUCAACAUCGAAUUCGACAGGGUGCCGUGCAAGUACCACGGCAAGAAGGUUAGCUUCAAGAUGGACGCGGGAGCCAACCCAUUCUAUCUCGCCAUGCUGGUCGAAUACGAGGCCGGCGACGGAGACCUCGCCUCCGUGGAAGUCAUGGAAGCCGGCGGCACCAAAGGCCACGCGAAGUGGGAGCCAAUGCGGCAGUCGUGGGGCGCCCUGUGGUGCAUGGACUCCAAGACCGGGAAACCACUGCAGGCUCCAUUCUCCUUCCGGCUGACCUCGGGUAACGGCAAGGUGCUCGUCGCCAACAACGUCGUCCCCGCCGGCUGGAAUGCCGGAAAGGCCUACCAGUCCAAGGUGAACUUCCCCGCCUGAAGGCUUGCUUAAUUGGCAUGGCGAAGCCAAGGCUAUCUGGUGAAGGAAUCACAGACUAAGGAAGAAUAAUUUAAGAACCGUAAUUGGAUGGAUACAUCUCAUCAUGUAACUUUUAGGCGCCAAAUUUUGAAAUCACAAAUCAACAAAAGUGCCAUGGUUAAAACAACCAAUAUUAUGAUACAAUAUAAAAAUAUUCAUUAAACAGAACUAAAUGUUGCAGCUGUGAUCGUCCAAUCCUACACUUCUGGUGUCCUUGAUUAUAUGUUUUACAGGUCUUCCUAAUUCUUAGUGCUUGAGAAUUUCUUAUUUCUCUUUUUUUUUUACAAUAGAAAUGAGAUUCAUGUAACAUUCCAUAACCUUUAUGGACUCUAAGAGCAAACAAUACUUGUUUUAGAACA